GCCGAUAUAUCCUGCAAACAAGCAGCAGCCCUGUGGUGUCCAGCUCUCUCCUGACAUCAGCCGCUUGCUCCUCUCAUCGCUGCUUUUGACUUAUUUUUGAGGCUGUUUUGACUUUGAAGUGAAUAAAAACUUUUGUUUUUGGGGACGGCAUGGCACUGCGGCAACAUUCAGACAAGGAGCCGAGCAUUGAGUUGUUUGUUAAGGCCGGCCACGACGGCGAGAACGUGGGCAACUGUCCCUUCUGCCAGAGGCUCUUCAUGGUGCUGUGGCUGAAAGGAGUGAAGUUCACCGUGACCACUGUUGACAUGAGGAAGAAGCCCGCGGAGCUCAAGGACCUGGCGCCCGGCACCAACCCGCCUUUCCUGCUCUACAACGGCACCCUCAAAACAGACUUCAUCAAAAUCGAGGAGUUUCUCGAGCAAACGCUGGACCCUCCCAGGUAUCCGCACCUCAGCCCAAUAAACAAAGAGUCUUUUGACGUGGGUGCUGACAUUUUUGCAAAGUUCUCCGCCUUCAUCAAGAACACACCGAACAACGCCUUCCAGGAGAAAAACCUGCUACGGGAGUUUAAGCGUCUGGACGAUUACCUGAACUCUCCCCUGCCCGAGGAGAUCAACCACAACUCGAGAGAGACAGUCGGCGUCUCCGAGAGAAAGUUCCUGGACGGGGACCGCCUAACUUUAGCUGACUGCAACUUGCUGCCCAAACUGCACGUCAUCAGGGUCGCCUCCAAGAAGUACUGCGGCUUUGACGUGCCGGCUCAGUUGACGGGCGUGUGGCGAUACCUGCACAACGCCUACGAGCGGGAGGAGUUCAAACAGACGUGUCCGGCCGAAAUCGAGAUCGAGAAGGCUUACUUCGGCGUGGCCAAUAAGAGGAAAUAAAAUGUUCAUUGGCCAUCUUUAGAGGGUGCUGUGUGGUGCCAAAGAUAUUACAAGUACAACCAACAGUCACCUAAAGACAGGUACAGGGAAACUUUUUUGGUUUUGGGACUUUGUAUUACAGUUCCUCUGAGGUUCCAUUUGUUUUAAGGAUUACCCAAACAAGAAUUGCCCACAUGCCACUGGUUUCCCACCAUCUCAGAACACACUUAUUUUUUUUUAAAUUGUUUUUUCACUGUUUUAGUCACCUACGAGGCCAAUUGUGCUAUUGACUGUUAAUUUAAUUGACCAGAUUUGUGUUUAUAGUGUACAUACAUACAAUAUAUUUUCACAGCAGAACCCUUCAAAUCUGUUUAAAAAAUUUUUUUUUUUUUUUUAUGCAGUAAACCCAAUUAUUCUUGUGUGUCGUCUUCUGUACUAGCACAGUUGACAUGUUGGAAAUGUACAACUUUCACGCUAAUAAAACAAGCAAAGGUG